AUGCUCUCCUCAAACGUCACUGCCAAUGCAAUUCACACGGACCGAAUUAGAAAGCGGCACCGUGCAGAAGAUCAAUCGAUUGCCUUCGGGAAUUAUAUGAAGAUCGACUUAGCAUACGAGGAGGAAGCAGGGUUCGAGCCGAUCUCAUCUCAGACGAAGGCGCCCCUAGUAGCAUCCGAGGCGUCCAUCAGUGGAAGUAAAGGCCUGGAAAUGGACCCAAUUAGGAAUACCAGCGAUCCUGUGACGGUCAAGACGGGUGCGGUCAAACCACUCUUCCUCACACCGCACGAUGCGGAAGAGGGCAACUCGGAUUCCGUCCACGGCGUAUCCCCGGAUCUCUCGGAAGGGGGGUCCGUCGGGGAUCAGCGGGACUCCCUUGGCGUCUUAACCCCCCCCAUGCCCUUUGCGCGAGCUCCGCCCUCGUUCCGCGAGGCCCCUUUCCCGCGCACCCGCGGGGCCAUCACAACCCUGCGCAGCAUCGCCCAGUUGGCCGAGCUCCUCCACAGCCCCCCCCUGUCCCCUGCACGCUAUACCAAAGUGAACGGCCACGCCCUCGUCCCCUCCUCCCCCUUCCCUUCCCCUGUUGGGAACCGGAAAGGGGGGGUCCGAGAGGAGGGGUCCGGGGACCCCCCUCUGCGACUGUGUAACGGGGAAAGUGUCCUGGUGGUCCUGCACAACGGCAGGACAAGCCUCGCCGAGCUCGUCAACGAGCACACCGCGCGGCUCGCGCACAUCCGUAUCUUCACCCUCGACCUCACUCAGCUCCCGCCGCGGGAAUACAAGUCCGCGGCGGACGAGGACAAGGAAAGGAACAAAACUAACGAAAAGGAUCACAACGGCCGCGAAGUCAAAAACGACGACAACGACGAGGAGGAGGCACUGUUGAUUGCGCGUCCAUCAGCCCCCACCCCGCGCAGGGCGGCCCCCCCUCGUGAAUGGCCGCCAACCGCCGCGGACGAGCACGCGAGCCAGCCUCUUUCAGGGCAGCUUCUGCAGGCCAGCGAGCACCUCGCGCAGCGCCUCGGGGGGCUGCUGCGAGUCGACGCUGUUCUGAACCUUCCACUAGCUGACUCCGCGGGGGAGGGCUGUCGGGAACCUUUUUUAUUCCCCGCAAUGGUACUCUGGCGAGCCGGGGGAGGGGAUCACGCGGAAUACCCGCCAACCCCCCCUGAGGGACAUUCCACGCGGCCGACCCCUGCCUCCCGCGAGGAUUUCGCCAUGGCGAUGGCCGCGCGAGGGGGGCCGGUGGUGGUGAAGCCCAUCCAUGCCGUGAGCGCGGUUCACUCCAUCGCGCUCUACACACCCGUCUACACGAUGCCGCACCUCUUUCGCACGGUUAUGGCGAGCGUGAGGGCGUCUUGGGCGCGCGAUACCUCGUCGAAAUCGCAAACUUUGCUUUACUUCGGAGCGAGUUGGUGCCCGCCGUGUAUGCGCAUAGUAGGUGCGAUGCCACAGAUUAUUACCGAAGACAUGCCCGAAAGCAUGCAUGUUUUUCUCAAGGCGGAUAUGGAUUUGGCUACACCCAUUUAUGAAUUCUUUGGCGUUCAGACGAUUCCGACUUUUAUUGUCUUAGAUAAUAAAAUAAUGUUAGACCAUCACGUGGAGGCUACCGCCAAUAGUGGGGCCGAACCAAUGGACAGCACCCAAAUUGAAGUCAUAGUGCAAAAGGCGUUCACUAAGGCUGAACUUGGACGUAUUCAAAAUUCACAACGAUCACUAGUGAAAUUAUUUUUGGAGAAGCACUGCACCACUUUGAGUUUUGUUGAAGAUUUUUAA